CUCGAAUACCGAUGAGUUAAAACCCUGAUCCUCCCCUAUAUAUAUCUACUUAUCCCAAAUUUCACUCGUUUCUCAUCUACCUUCGGCGCUGUUGCUCGCAAGAGUGGUUGUCAGAGGUUUCUAGGGUUUCCAGAGGUCAGCCAGUGUUCUGCGAACAUGGUUCUCCCCAACGACAUUGAUUUGCUCAACCCUCCAGCCGAGCUUGAAAAGAGGAGGCACAAACUUAAGCGUUUGGUGCAGUCUCCAAAUUCCUUCUUCAUGGACGUGAAAUGUCAAGGAUGCUUUAACAUAACUACCGUUUUUAGUCACUCGCAAACCGUUGUGGUUUGUGGGAACUGCCAGACGGUCUUGUGCCAACCGACGGGUGGACGAGCUAGGCUCACGGAAGGAUGCUCAUUCAGGAAAAAGGGGGAUUGAGUGGUGUUCUGCUUUUCCUUCCUCAGUUACGUGCUAGUUGAGAUCGUAUGGGUUAGUUUCAAGGUUCGGGAUGGAAAAAAUGCUCAGAUUUUGAUUUUGGUUCUACUAUAGGAUUUUGUUCCUAAAGCAAUUGUGGCAUUACUAUCAACACUUUGUGCCUCUUAAUUUUGCUUGGUGCGCUGAAAUUAGAUUCCUCUUGAAAGUGCAAUUAAAUAUAUUUUGUCGAUUAUCUGGUC